UAAAUUUUGUGGGACUAUCAAUUUUAAUAAAGAAAAUCUUCGCCAAUUGUAGCAAAUACCUUCGGUAGGCCGAUAUUACGCGAUUAAAAACUGUCAUGCGUCAUCCCCAUUUCUUAACCUCGUCCGUUGUUGAUAUGACAAUUCCACAAGGGUUUGUGUAUACAGCAGGACGGAAGGUAACUCAUCUGACUUUGAUAUUUCAUCACUUUAGUCGAGAAAGAAAACCCCUACAUCCGACAAUACCGACGCAUUUCUCAUAUGGUCAGACAAAAAUGUCGUCGUCAUAGUGAGAAUGAGAGAGAAUGAGAGAAUGAGAGAGUUAGAGAGAGACAGUGCUAGGGUUAGGGCAAGGUUUCCGACAGCCAAGGACAGUGGUAGUGGGAUCAGGAGGCAGCUUCCACGGUAUGGCAAGCAGUAUCUUGGGCAAGCAACUUCGUAUUUUUUCUAUGAUUUUCCAGCGGAUCAGUCAGCAAAGGAUUUGUGGGAGAUGGAAAGGAAAUUGAACCAGAUUAAGAUACACUCUUAUCAUCUCAAGGUGAAGCUCGUUGAGAAUAUGAAAAAAGGAAGGGAGGGGAUUUUGUUGGGUAAGCACAAGCAAUUGGAGAAACAAUGGAUUAGAAGAGACAGUAAGGUGACUCAAGGGAAAACUUAUGCUCAGGUCGUUGCUGGAGAUAUGGGCUCCCUUGAGCAAGGGCAGUCAUCCACUAAUGGAGUACAGCAAGGUGUUGCAAAGAAAGGAAAGGAGGCUAUGGAGGAUGCGGGGGAGGAGGAAUGGAAGGUGACGCCGAAGACAUCACAGGAUAAGGUUUCUGGGCCAGAAACGGUGCAGGUUUUAAACUUUAUCCCUAAGGAUGAGGAUGUGGCAUGGCUGAAACGCAGUAUGGUGGCGGAGGUGCGAUCUUUGGAUUUGGUGAAGCGAAUCCAAAAUAGCUUGGAUGUGGAGGGAGUACUGGUGAAUGUUGCUUUGCUUGGUGGUCGACAAAUCAUUUUAGUGGAUAAUUCGAAAGGUGGCCUGGAGGAGUUCCUUAACCGAAGUAGAGAUUUGGUUGAAUUGUGGUUUGAGUGGAUAAAGCCAUGUUCUUUAUCCACAGUUUCUUCAUUGUGUAGAUUGGUAUGGCUUCGGCUUAAUGGUGUUCCGUUGAAGGCAUGGAGCGAGAGAUGCUUCACUGAAUUAGGGAACAUAAUUGGAGAGGUGAUUCUUGUUGAUGAGGAUACAAGGAGUAAAUCGUUUUUAUGCGAAGGAAGGGUGUUGAUUUUGAGUGCAGAAAAGAGGAAAAUAUCAACAACCAUUUGUUUGCGAGUUGAUGGCGAGGAUUUCCCAAUAUCAGUGUCAGAGGAGGAGUGGAGGAUGGAUCCGGACUGGUGCGACAAUGAAGAAGGUGAUGACGGUUACAGUGAUUUGAAUUUGAACUUCAAUGGAAACGGAUUUCUAUGCGGAGAUGGCGGUGAGUCGGCCGAAGAUCAUGCUGUAACGGAUUUGGUUUUAUACAAAGAGUUGAGUAGACAAGCAGAAUCGCAGGGAGAAGAAACGGCUGGGUUUGUUGGCCUAAAUGGGCUAGACGAAAUUGAGCUGGAUAAGGGGAACCAGGUUGGGCCGGGAGUUGUUGGAAAUGGAAUUGGGCUGGAGGAAGCACAGCCUGGUUGCGGGGGGGCUGGAGCGGAUGAAACGAUGAAAAGGGGCGCGAGUUGGAUUACGGCCCGAACAAAGAGUAGAAGGGACAGGAGGAUGACAGAAGCGCCAAAAGAGGAGAGGCCGAAUCUGCAGCAGGAAAGUUGCUCUGUGUCGGACGGAUGCAUUCAACACAGAAAUGGGAUUAUUCGGCGUCAAUUGGAGACAAAAGAGGUGAGGGAAAUAUUUGAGUUGGGGCAAAGGUUGGGGAUUCAGUGCCAACACAACGAUGAAGAGGUGAUCUCUCGGCUGGCAACUUUGGAGGCGAGGGACGAGAGGAAGGCUUCGUUGUGGGAGGAGAUUGGUGGAUUGAUUUUGGAAGAGGGUGGUAGAUGGCUUGUGGCAGGGGAUUUUAAUACAGUUCGGAAUGCCACAGAGAGGAAGGGAAGAUUAGGAGAAACCCAGGACAUGGAAGAUUUUAAUCAUUUUGUGGAGGGAACUGGGUUAAUUGAUGUUAGGUUGCGGAAUAGGAAAUUCACUUGGUAUAGACCAGAUGGAACUUCAAUGAGCAAGCUUGACAGAAAUGUGGAUUGGGGUCCCAAGCCUUUUCGAGUACUUGAUGCACGGCAACAACAUCCAGAUUUUCGAGAAUUUGUGGAGAAUAGAUGGAAGGCUAUGCAAAUUGAAGGUUGGGCCUCAUACAAAUGUAAACAGAAGUUGAAGCUUUUAAAAGAGGAAUGUAAAGGGUGGAACAGUGGGGUGUUUGGCAAUGUGGAGACUCAAUUUGACACCCUAGUAAAGCAGGUUGAGAGGUUGGAUAAAAAAAGUGAGGAGGAUGGGUUGGACGAGAAUGAGGUGCUAGUGAGAAAGGAGUGUUUUCAGGGGAUGUGGGAUAUUUUAAGAAAAAGAGAAGCUGUGUGGAAGCAGAAGGCGCGGACUAAUUGGGUUCGUUUGGGAGAUGCAAAUACAGCAUUCUUUCAUAGGAGUGUUCAUGCAAGGAGAGCACAGAAUGGCAUAUCUGGUAUCUUAGGCGAGAAUGGUUGGGUGGAGGAACCAGAUGUAGUCAAGGAGGAGGCAGUUAAGUAUUUUAGCAAACUGUUUCGAGAUGAAAAGUGGCGUCGUCCUGUCUUGGGUGGGAUUCAGUUCCGUAGAAUUUCUAUGACACAAAAGGAGUGGUUGGAAAAACCUUUCACAAUAGAGGAAAUUGAAGAGGGACUUCGAAGUUGUGAUGGAUCGAAGGCACCAGGACCAGAUGGUUUCAAUUUUAAUUUUAUAAAGUUUGCAUGGAGCACAAUGAAGGAUGAUUUUGUGAAUUUCCUGCAGGAAUUUCAUCGACAUGGGAGCCAUUCAUUACCAGCCAAAACCAUGCCGUUAAAGGUUCUUUCUGCGCUUGACGCCGCGAGAACCCAAUUUUAUCAUUUCAAGGCCAUAGUCAUCGCUGGCAUGGGUCUCUUCACGGACGCCUACGAUCUCUUCUGCAUCACUCCCAUAGUCCAAAUCCUCAGAGGCGUAUACUAUCCCAAUAAAGAAGAAAUUCCCACUCAAGUCAUCUCCGCCUUGGUUGUCGUCGCCCUUGUAGGCACAGUUAUUGGUCAACUCGUGUUUGGCAUCCUUGGAGAUUACAAAGGGCGGCGCCGUGUAUAUGGAUUGUCGCUGAUGAUCAUGGUUCUUAGUUCUCUUGCGUGCGGGUUCUCCAUUUGCAGGACAAGACUUUGUGUCUUGUUGAGUCUGGGGUUCUUCCGGUUCUUGCUCGGGUUGGGUAUAGGCGGAGACUACCCGCUAUCGGCAACAAUCAUGUCGGAGUUUGCCAACAAGAGGACCCGUGGAGCGUUCAUAGCGGCAGUGUUUUCGAUGCAGGGGUUUGGGAUUUUGGCGAGCUCGGCUAUGACAAUGGUGAUUUGCUCCAUCUUUCAGAAGGGAUCGCAUGCCUCAAAAUAUUACACACCGGACGCUGCCGACAUCUCGUGGCGGUUGAUUCUGAUGAUGGGCGGCGUUCCGGCUGCAGUGACUUAUUAUUGGCGGAUGUUGAUGCCGGAAACUGCUAGGUUUACGGCCCUAGUGGAGAGAGAUCCUGUGCAGGCAGCUGUUGAUAUCGGAAAAGUGUUAGACGUUCCACUGUGUAAAAUUUCAGAAGAUGCCCCGAUGCGGUCGUAUCCACCGACAUAUUCCCUGUUCUCUAGGCAAUUCCUCCGUCGCCACGGCCGCGACCUCUUCUCCUGUGCCGCUUCCUGGUUCCUCGUCGACAUUGCUUUUUACUCCAACAACCUCCUCCAAUCCAGGGUUUAUCACAACUUUAUCAAGGAAGAUGAUCGCAGUGCCUAUGAAUUGGCUUUUCAAGUGGCCAAACUCCAAGCAAUUGUGGCCGUCUGUUCUACCAUUCCGGGGUACUGGGUCACCGUCUAUUUCAUCGAUCGGAUCGGAAGAGUGAAAAUCCAAAUGUUGGGUUUUUUAAUGAUGGCAUUAGUUUAUUUUGCAAUUGGAAUUCCCUACAUACCCUAUUGGCAACAUGGCGAAGAUAAGGUGAAAAUAGGACUUAUGAUUCUGUACGGGGGAACCUUCUUUUUUGCCAAUUUUGGACCCAACACAACCACGUUCAUAGUUCCAGCGGAGCUGUUUCCGGCGAGAUUCAGAUCGACGUGUCACGGAAUCUCCGGAGCAAUGGGAAAAGUGGGUGCGAUUAUUGGGACAAUUGGGUUUUUAUGGGCAUCAAAGAAACGUCCAUCAAAGAAACGUCCAGACUCGUCCGAUGAACCCUAUGCUGAUAGGAUGACAUGGGCAGACUCGUCCGAUGAACCCUAUGCUGAUAGGAUGAGAUGGGCAUUAGUGUCGUUGGGGGUCGUGUGUCUUUUUGGUGCGGCAGUGACGUAUUUCUUCGCGCGGGAAACCAGAGGUAGAUCCCUAGAGGAUAAUGAGAUCGACAAUGACGAUGAUGGUCAUGUGGAAUUGUCUGCCUCCCGGUUCGUGCCUCCAAAUCAGAACUUGUAUCUUGUUGAGUCUGGGGUUCUUCCGGUUCUUGCUUGGGUUGGGUAUAGGCGGGGACUACCCGCUGUCGGCAACAAUCAUGUCAGAGUUUGCCAACAAGAACACCCGUGGAGCGUUCAUAGCGGCAGUGUUUUCGAUGCAGGGGUUUGGGAUUUUGGCGAGCUCGGCUAUGACAAUGGUGAUUUGCUCCAUAUUUCAGAAGGGAUCGCAUGCUUCAAAAGAUUACACGCCGGACGCUGCCGACAUCUCGUGGCGGUUGAUUCUGAUGAUCGGCGGCGUUCCGGCUGCAUUGACUUAUUAUUGGCGGAUGUUGAUGCCGGAAACUGCUAGGUAUAUCAUUUCUUUUCUUUCAUUUUUUAAAUUUACUACCUGUUUCCUUUCUAUUGGUCAGACAUUCAGUUUGACCCAACAAAUAAAGAAAAUGUGUAAAU